AUGGUCCUUUUCAAGCACUUUUUGAUCACGGCAUUGUCGGUGGCCUUUCCUGGUGCCUCAGCCUUGCUGGCCUUUCCAGGAGCUGAAGGCUUUGGGCGUGAGUCAGUCGGUGGCCGAACCGGAUCUGUCUACCACGUGACAACUCUUGCAGACUCAGGGACAGGAUCUUUCCGCGAUGCUGUCUCGGCGGCCAACAGGGUUGUUGUAUUUGAUGUUGGCGGGACUAUCAACAUAACCGAUCGGGUUGUGGUCUCAAAAAAUAUAUACAUUGCUGGUCAAACCGCACCAGGCGGUGGCAUUACUAUUUACGGCAAUGGACUUUCCUUCUCCAACGCCGACAACGCCAUUGUGCGAUAUGUCAGAUUUCGCAUGGGCAAGGGAGGCGACUCGGGCAAAGAUGGCAUAACGAUUGCUGAAGGAGAGAACAUGAUCUUUGACCACGUCUCUGUUACCUGGGGCCGUGACGAGACCUUUAGUAUCAACGGAGAUGUGUACAAUGUGACGAUCCAAAACUCCAUCAUUGGCCAAGGUCUAGAAACACACUCGUGUGGAGGUCUCAUACAGACAGACUAUGGUGUCAGCCUCUUCCGUAACCUCUACAUCGACAACAAGACUCGGAACCCCAAGGUCAAGGGCAUGAACGACUUUCAAAAUAAUAUUGUCUACAACUGGGGAGGCGGAGGUGGCUAUAUUGCUGGUGACAGCGAUGGCCAGAGCUACGCCAAUAUCGUAAACAAUUACUUCAUAUCGGGGCCCAGCACAAGUGUGACGGCUUUCACUCGAGGUAACGCAAACUUCCAUGGAUACGUCUCAGAGAACUAUUAUGACAGCGAUCAAGAUGGCACACUAAAUGGUGCGGCACUUUGUGUUUCUACAACUUGCUACUCCGACAUGGACAUCUUGACAACCAAAUAUGACUACCCUGGUCCAGCUACAUUGAUGACUGCACCCAAUGCUGUCACCUGGGUACUCAAUAACGUGGGUGCAAACUAUCCGUCGCGCGAUAGUGUCGAUUCGCGCCUCGUCUCCGAGGUACAGACUUGGGGUGCCACCGGUGAGCUGAUCAGUGACGAAACCGCGAGUCCCAUGUACGGACCAGGAUACAUUGCGGGCGGCAGCAAGCCUACGGACACUGAUGGUGACGGUAUUCCCGAUGCCUGGGAGCAGUCAAAUGGUCUCAACUAUCAGGAUGCCAGUGACGCAAUGGAGAUCAGCAGCUCAGGUUACGCGAAUAUCGAGGUCUAUGUCAAUUCUCUCGUACCGUCCACGAAUGGUUCGUAG